AUGUCUCUCGUGGAUGCUGCGCCCGCUAGCGAGUCUCCCCCGCCCACCAAUUACCUUGCCCUUCUGGAGGCGUUGGUUGAGCGCCUGUGGGGUGCCUUCGCCCCUCACGAAGUCCUCGCGUCUGGGGGGAUUUUUUAUCUCUAUCUGGCCCUGUUGACGACAUGGCGCCUUGACUAUUUGUGCCAGCAACUGACCGACCGUUCCCUUCCUCCACCACCGGAGCUCCCGCGGCCGCAACCUGCUGAGCGCAAUGCUGACGGCGCUGCCCGUGAUGCUUGA